AUUGAAAAUGUCAAUACAUUAGUUCUCUCGUCUUCUGUUCUGUUUAAUUUUUAUGAAUUAGUAGAUCUACCUAUACCUACGUAAUUUAAACAAUUUGUAUAAAAAUACUAAAUGAUUAUUUACAUAUUUAUAUGUGCAGCGUGAUUUUUAAAAUUUCAUAAAUCCAUGUUUGUAUUUUUUAAAUACCGUGCUAAUUGAAUGGGUACUACAGUAACCUUCCGUCAUUGUGGUCGUUGAAAUAAAUUAAUUAUUAAUCGAAAACUAUAUCAAACAUAGUGAAUAAUAUGGCAAAAGAAGAAGAUGAUGAUAAUUUGCCGGAUAAAGAUGCGGCGAAAGAGUUCUAUGCGAAAUACGAACCAAAAGAGAUAAUAGGCAGAGGCAUCAGCUCAACAGUCAGAAGAUGCAUAGAAAAAGAAACGGGCAGAGAAUAUGCGGCCAAGAUCAUAGAUCUGAGUCAGGAGUCGCAAGAUGGCGUCGACACCCACACCAUGAGGGAGGCUACUCGGCAAGAGAUACACAUACUUAGAAUGGUGGCCGGCCAUCCUUACAUUAUCGAUCUUCAGGAUGUGUUCGAGUCGGAGACCUUUAUAUUUCUGGUGUUCGAGCUCUGCAAGAACGGGGAACUGUUUGACUACCUCACGUCGGUUGUCACGCUCUCCGAAAAGAAGACCAGAUACAUCAUGAGGCAAGUGUUGGAAGGUGUGCGGUAUGUCCACAGCAAAUCUAUAGUCCAUCGGGACCUGAAACCUGAGAACAUUCUGCUGGAUGACCAGCUCAACGUCAAGAUCACAGACUUUGGCUUUGCGAAGGUGUUGAAAGAUGGCGAGAAGCUCUUUGAGCUGUGCGGCACGCCGGGCUACCUGGCACCCGAAACCCUGAAAGCAAAUAUGUUUGAAGACGCACCAGGGUAUGGCAUGGAAGUCGAUAUAUGGGCAUGCGGCGUCAUCAUGUUUACAUUAUUAGUAGGAUGUCCGCCAUUUUGGCAUCGCAAGCAGAUGGUGAUGCUCCGGAACAUCAUGGAGGGGAAAUACUCCUUCACCAGUCCCGAGUGGGCUGAUAUAUCAGAUGACCCAAAAGACCUCAUUAGGCGGUUGUUAGUAGUUGACCCAAACGAGAGAAUUGGGAUUCAAGACGCCCUGAAACAUGCCUUCUUCAACACUGUGUUGUGGGACCAGGACAUGACGCCGCUGAAGAAGUCGCUGUCAUCCGCCAGCCGCAGGAUGUCGAGGAUCGAACAGUUGACCAUGGCAAUAAAAUCUGGAGGUUUCAACGCUCGUGCGAAGCUUCGACUCGGAUUGGUCACAGUCCGAGCUGCAGUGCGCCUACAACGAUUGCCGCACACGUCCACCAGGGCGUUGCCACUACACGACGCUUUGAGAGACCCGUACACUAUGAGGGUGUUGAGGAAGGUCAUCGACGGGUGUGCCUUCAGGGUCUACGGCCACUGGGUGAAGAAGGGUGAAGGUCAGAACAGAGCCGCUCUCUUCGAGAAUACGCCCAAGACCGAGUUGAAGAGUCUCUACGUCAGCAACCUCAGCCGAUAGCUGCUUUACAGGCGGCGUCGGAGCAGCUCCUUGCUGCUUCUGGACUCCUGGAACAUCGAACGUACCAGGGUAGCAGAAACGAAAAGAUGCGUUUCUUCAUUAUUCGACGAUUCGCGCCAACGAGUAAUUGUAGGUUAGUCGCACGUAGAUUCUUAUCGACCCACGUAGUAUGUCCUACUACAUUAGUUCAAUUUGUAUUAUUCGCUGCCAACUGCUAAAGGCGGUUAUAAUUUAUAACGUUACGUUGUAUAACGUUACUAGUUUUAUAAUAUAGUUUUCGAAUUGCGCUGUUUUGGUCAUAAAGCAAUAAUUGCAAAAAAAUCGAGAUCAAAGAUUAGGUGUGUAGUAUUGUUUUCUCACUAAGUAAGGUUCACAAUUUAAGCGUAAUUUAGUAUUAUUUAAUUCGUGUUAUAAUAGUUUUGUUCCCGUUGUUUUGUAAUGUAGAACGUUUUUGAAUAUGCCAUUUUUUGUUUAGAAAAUAUUAAAUUGUGUAUGUAUUCGUAGCGAGUACUUUAUCAAAAAGACGUAUAUUUUUAUAUAAUUAUUUAGAGUGGUAUUGAGUGUGCGUUGCAAAUGUAUUUAUAUCAAAGGAGUUAUUGUAUUUAUGUACCUAAUUUUACCGUAAAAUAAAAACUGCAUACAAAAUGUUUUAAAUCAAAAACAUUUGAAUUUUUUGCCAUCUUCAAUGACCAGUUUCGGAUAUAUGGUUUAUUUUGACCAUAUGCAUAUAUGUACACAAGACACUAAUGUCAUAAUACAUUUCAAAAGUUAUAUAUGAACAUAUAACUUAAAAUUUUCAACGGUUAAAAAAAUGGUGGCGAUAAUUUUCGAAUUGGAUUCGUCAUCCUAGUCAUGGUACAAGAUAAAAAUAUUGCGUUAAAAGUUCGCGGCAAAGAUGUAUUUGAAAUACUUUUCUAGUUUCUAGGCAAGGUGCCUUUUGUGUUUUGGUGCAUUAUAUUUAUAUACACUUGUUUGUGACAUACUCUUGACUAUAUUGGCAUAUAAAUUGAAAAAAAUAAGUCAUUAUAUCAGGGUUUGACUUAUAAUGGGUAUGCACUUUGCAAAAAUUUUCUACAUAAAAUCUAAAUAAUUUAUGAGUAUACUUUUUAUCAUAAAAAGUAUGUAUAUUUUUAUGUUUCAAAACAAAAUUGUCUUAAUUAGAACAUGUCUCUUUAAAAUAUCGAUAUUAUUGAACUUUGAAAUUACGCGUUCUACGUUAUAUAUUUUCACAAUUUUCUCACAAAACAGUUACGUAUUGUGCCUCAAACUCUUUGUAAAUAUAGAUAUAUAUAUAUAUAAAUUAGUGUCAAAGCAAUAUUCGAUAAUAAUUUUGUGUAUAUUACAACAUUAUUAAUCGAUGUUAGUACGAAUUUAAAAAUAAUAUUUGGUCACAGCACCGGUCUCUUUUUUAACAUCUCAAAUGACACUGAUGUUUAUGUUCCCCUGGUAUUUAUAUGUGGUUUUAAGGUCUGCAGAGAUUAAUAAAUGCUCAGUACAACUCGGUCGAGUUAACCUCGCUGGAAUGCGACGUCACUGCCGCCAGGUACGCAGUUAACUCGGCCGGGUUGUAAGUAAGCGUAACGAAGCAGAGUGAGAAAAGCUCUGACAGUAAUCCGUCAGGACAUAACAUUGGGCAUAUACGAUUACCAUAAAGAUAGAUAGAAGCAAGAAUGUUCGUGCUUCGUAUAACUAAGAUCUAAUUACUAAGACAUAUUAUAGCCUGUCAAGAAAGUGAAAAAACGAAUUUUAAUUAAUCACUUUUUUUACCAUUACUAGAGCCAACGUUUGUCGAUAAACACCCAGUGUUGCCAACAAGAGACAGUGUCCUCAUUUAAUUUAAUCACUUUCUUGACAGACUGUACAUAUACAGUUUUAAAUGAAUUUUGCGUCUGUGCAGACCUCAAAAUAUAUAUCUUCUGAAACUUAGUUAUAUAUAA